AUAAACACGAAUCCUGUGCUUGGACUUGGAUCCAAUCCUUUCGGCUCUCUAUCUUUCGUAUAUUAUUUGUAGAGGAAUAUCUAUGGCCUUCAUAAGGGUAUUUGCGUGGAAAAGCAUUUGAAAUGUUUUUAUAAACUUUGUUUUCAGUGUAAGUGGAUUAUACAUGGAUGAAAAUAAAGUGCAAUAAGCUGUUGCUGCAGGGGACUUUGUAUCGGUGCGGACCUUGACAGGAUCCAACCCCGGACUGGCGGCCUGGAGUGGCAGUGCCUCUUCGCUGUUUCCCUGUGUUGUGAGGAGGAGGACGUGAACACUAGUAUCUGUAAUAUGAGACAUGACACAGUAUCAUCAGUUUGUUAUUUUGAUUGAUGGUGGGACAGACGAUUCAAGACUCACUCGGUUAUAAAGUUCUUGAGUCACAGUUGUAAAGAAUUCAACAAAUACUGAUCCCAUGCUGCCAUAGAUAUUACAUUCAGUGUUGGCCAGGAUGAAUUAUGCACGGACUUCCACAAUAUGUUGGCGGUACCACCGCAAGAUGAUGGCUGCGGUCGUCAUCGUAUCUGCACUAUAUUUCUUUGUGUCCAUUGCACUGACUAAAAAGGGCAUAUCCAAUGAAGAGGUACAGGGUUCAAAUCUUGAGACAUUCCAUCGGAAAAAAGGAGUGCACGAGAGGGAUGACAAGCGUCAUCAUCAGGGAAAGAACCCUUCGAGGAAGAUUCAUAGGAUACCCCACAAUGCUCUGCCAGCGGAAGGUAUCAAGGGACUCGCCAAGGGAGCGCAGCAAGGUCAGGUGAAGCAGAAGGAGGAGGAAUUUUCGAGCAGUUCUACCUCGAGUUCAGCCGAUAGUCCAGGGCAGAAACAAAGCGAUCCAAAGGCAAACAAACCAAGCAAGAGGUUUCCUCAGGCCAUCAUCAUCGGUGUGAAGAAAGGUGGAACGAGGGCGCUCCUUAAUUUUAUUUCCUUGCAUCCUGACGUAGCAGCGGCCACAAGGGAGAUGCACUUCUUUGAUCGAUACUAUGAUAAAGGGCUGGAAUGGUACAGGUAAGAAUCAGAGAAUUCUUUGAGAUUGAGAGAGAGACAGACAGAGAGAGAGACAGAGAAAGAGAGGAGGGAAUGGAAUUGUUAAUAAUUCUAUCAAUCAAUCAGUCAACGUAUAAAAGCAGUCAAUCAAGAUAUCAUUCAAUUACUCAAACAGCCAUUCAAUCUAGAAAUUUACUAACAUGACAAGGCAACGAAUGUAUCAAGCAAAUCAUCAUGAAAGAAAGUAUCCAAGAAAUUGGACAAUCAUUCAACAUUUCAUCACUAGAAUGAAUACAAAAAAAUAUUCUUGAAAUAUUCAUGCCAUAUAGUAAAAAGAAGAACAAAAAAUAUAUGCCUGAUACCAGUAUACAUGUACAUUUUGAUGCAAACUUCACUUGAUCAGUGCUGAAAUAGUGAAUUUAAAUUUUAAACUUAAGGAGCUAUUUAUUGAAGGGUUAGGUUUAAUUUUAGGCAGAGGUCAAAUUUAGCACCUUUUACAUGAUUGUGAUCAGUAGUUCAUACAUACCAUAUACUAUUCUUGUUAUGAUCUUGAGGCUAUUUGAUUGUAGUUUAUAUCAAAUGGGUGAAAAUACAUCCAAAAUAUUUAUCAAACUUUUUUUAGAAAGAGAUAGCAUCAGUAAAUUGAUGGUUUGUGGCUGAAUUCAGUUCUACGCUGAACGAUGACCACAGAUAAUGAACUACUUUUGAUAUUAAAGCUCUCUGAAAAAGUAGAUAAUGGUUUAUCAGAUCAUUCAGUGUUUCCACAAAUCCAGAAUAAAUUUACUGAAACUGAAUCCAAACUUUCUCGAAAUUCAUAGACAUUUCCUGGAAUUUUCAAGUACAUGUAUGAUUUAAAAAAAACUUGGGUAAUGAUACAGCGAGCCUAAAUUUGGUCCAUGUGAUAAAUCAUAUUAGUGCUAGCUUUUCUAAAGAACAAACUCACAGUUGCAAAUUCGAUACCAUUGCCAAUGUGAAAUAAAUGGCUUGCCCUU